CUCACUCAUUGUUAGUAGGGACCUUUGGACUUGUAGGUGUAGAUUCAUUUGGCCAACUUCACAGUUCACUUCAGACCUGCUGCUUUCUUCAUCCAUGGAAGCGCUGUCGAGCAUCAGUUUCUUAUCAUCGUUUUCUGAGAAGCCUUGUGUUCUCCAACCUAUCAAGACGCACACUGACUGGCAUGGCAGCAGGAAUCUGAGAUCCUGUUCCAGUGCAGCGCGCGGCGUCUCCUCUUCGCUCCGCGUCUCUCGAAUUGCGGCGCUUCCCGGGGAAGAAUCCGCCGGCGGAGACGGAAACAGAGAGGAGCUGAUUCUCCGGCUCAAUAGAGCAAAUGGAUUCGGAUUAGCUUCUGAAGGAGCUCCUCAUCUGUCUCAUAGUACCGGAUCGCUUAAAUCUGACGGGGAACAGAAGAUAGAAGGAGACGAAGAGAGAAAAUCAGAAGUUGUGACGCCAUUUUUUGUGUCACAUGGAAGCACAAGGGCUGGGCUCUUUAGAACACCGAUAUCCGGGGGAGUGCAAAGCGCAACUUCUGCUCAUGAUUUGCCUAAACCAGCUCUAGCUGUUAGAAAUCUUAUGGAGCAGGCUAGGUUUGCUCAUUUGUGCACAGUCAUGUCCCAGAUGCAUCAUAGGCGAGAGGGUUAUCCAUUCGGUUCACUUGUAGAUUUUGCACCAGAUGCUAUGGGGCAUCCAAUAUUUUCAUUCUCGCCAUUAGCUAUUCACACCAGGAAUUUGUUAGCUGAUCCAAGAUGCUCAAUGGUUGUCCAGAUUCCUGGAUGGAGUGGUUUAUCAAAUGCAAGGGUAACGAUAUUAGGUGAUGUUUAUCCUCUCACAGAAGAUCAACAGGAGUGGGCUCAUAAACAGUACAUAGCAAAGCAUCAGCAAGGUCCUUCACAACAGUGGGGAAACUUUUAUUACUUCAGGAUGCAAAAUAUAAGUGACAUAUACUUCAUUGGAGGGUUUGGAACGGUUGCUUGGGUUGAUGUGAAGGAAUAUGAAACCCUUAAGCCAGACAAGAUUGCUGUGAAUGGUGGUGAACAGAACCUCAAGGAACUGAAUGCCCUCUUCUCAAAACCCCUAAAGGAUCUUCUGUCACGAGAAACGGAGGUGGAUGAUGUUGCUCUGAUAUCGAUAGACAGCAAGGGCACUGAUAUUCGUGUCCGGCAAGGCGCACAGUUCAACAUGCAGAGGAUAUCCUUUGAAGAAGGGCACUCGGUUGAAACCCUAGAAGAAGCCAAAUCAGCACUCUGGAAAUUGAUCAAUAGAGGCAAACUCCACAAUUUGCACAGAUGAAAAAUUUCUCUGGACUGGCUGGAGAUUGUGAGACUAGGUCUACCAAAAACCAUGUAACAGUAUUACAUGUGAGAUUUCGCUUCUGAGCCUAUGUAACAUUUGAAAAAUAAUAGAGUUAUUAGUGUUCAAAAAAAACUUCCAAAAACAUAGUGCAAUGAAACCCGUGUGCACCCCAUACGGUGUGUCAAAUGAUUCUAUGUGAGUCAAGCCAGGUAGGUGGGCUGAGCGGGUCAAUGGUCGCGGAAGCUAGUCGGCUAGGUGAUGGGCUUCCGUAAUCUUGACCCAACCCGGUCCGCUUUAGGCCACAUAAUCAUUUCAAUAGAGUAUGUGGUGUAGA